GACAAGGAGAAGAAAGAGAAAGGCAAGGACGAGGGAGACGAAGUGAAAGAGAAGAAAAAAGAGAAGAAGGAGAAAAAGGACAAGGGCGAGGGCGAUGGCGAGAAAAAGGAGAAGAAGGAGAAGCAUGGAGACGAGGAGGAGAAAAAGAAAGACAAGAAGAAGGAAGCAAAGCUGGAGGGCGAUGACAAGAAGAAAGACAAGGAGAAACACAAGGACGAAGACAAGAAGAGUAUCAAGGACUAGGACGACGAGAGCUUUGUGCGUAAAGUGAGAUCAACGUAGUUUUCAGUGAUCUUCAGAGACCAUGCAUGGCGCUGAGUGCCAGUGAUCUCAGGAUACCAUUUGGUCCUCACCAAGGUCUGGCGCUGGGAACACUCCCGGAUCACUACUUGACAAGUCUCGCAAGCUCGGUUCCUGGUCUCAAAUGGGGUCGGCUGGCCAGAGAAGUUUUAGACCAGCGCAGCGGAGCCGAGGGAGCCUUCCAGCUCGCAACACUCGUCAAGUCGUGUGACAAUCUCCUCCAGGGCCGAGAGCUACACGGUCGGAUCCGGAAGAGCGAGCACCAUUUGCAGGACAGGUACCUCUUGAACCUUUUGGUGGAGAUGUAUGGCAAACUUGGGAGCUUGCAGGAAGCGAGGGCGGUGUUUGACGGCAUCGCCCAACCGAAUGUCUACUCGUGGAGCAUCAUCGUCUCGGCGUAUGCCCAGAGCGGGCAUACCAACGAGGCAAGGUUGGUGUUCCAGAGAAUGCCGGAGAAGAACAUCGUCUCGUGCAACACGCUCAUCGCAGCGUACGUUCAAGACGGUCGGACACGAGAAGCCAGGGAGCUUUUCGAUGGAAUGCGAGACAGGGACGCAGUCUCGUGGAACACUUUGAUCACUGGGUAUGCUCAGAACGGGCAGCUCCAGGAAGCCAGGAGAUUGUUUGACAAGAUGGAGGAUCGAAGCAUAGCUUCCUGGAACGCGAUGAUCGGGGCCUAUGCGCAAGAGGGCGAUGUCGAAGAGGCCGAGAAGCUGUUCUUGCGAAUGCCGAGGCUAAACGUUGUGUCGUGGAACACGGUGGUGACUAUGUAUAGGCAAAAUGGGGAGCCCAGGAAAGCUCUCGAGCUCUUGAAAGAGAUGCCGGAGCCAAACGUAAUGACUUGGACGGUCAUGGCACAGACGUAUGCCCUCGUUGGGCAUAUGAAAGAUGCGAAAGAAACGUUUGAUGGGAUGCCACAGAGGACGAUUGUCUCGUGGACGAUGAUGGUGAAAGCUUAUGCCGAGAAGGGUCAUUUGCUAGAAUCGAAGAGGGUGUUUGAUUCCAUGCCUGAGAGGAAUGUGGUAACUUGGAGCACUAUGAUACAGGCAUAUGCCCAAAAUGGGCAUCUAAAGGAUGCUAAGAAUCUCUUUGACUCUGCGCUGGUCAAAAGCAUUGUGUCGUGGACUUCGCUGCUUCAGGGAUAUUCCCAGGACGGGCAUUUGGGAGAGGCGAAGGGAAUCUUUGAUGCAAUGCCUGAGAGGAACGUAGUCUCUUGGAAUGCGAUGCUUAGAGCAUAUGCCCAUGCCCAGAAUUUAGAAUCUUUGGAUAGCACACUUACAAAGAUGCCACAAGCGGACUUGGUCUCGUGGACGAUUCUGCUCACAGCAUAUGCCCAGGCUGGGAAUCUCCAUGAAGCAAAGAAGGUAUUUGAUCGGAUGCCACUGCACGACCUGGUAUCUUGGACCAGCAUGGUUUCGGCAUAUUCCCGGGGCGGGCAUUUGGAGGAGGCGCGUGUCAUGUUUGAUACAAUGCCGCUGAGGAGUGUGGUGACGUGGAACGUGAUGGUUGGUGCGUACGGCGAGGCUCGCCUGGUUGACGAGGCCAGGAAGCUGUUUGACUCGAUGCCGUACCGUAGCGUGGUGACGUGGAAUGCGCUGAUCGCGGCGUACGGUCAGAGUCAUUGCGUUGACGAGGCCAGGGCCAGCUUUGACUGGAUUCCGGAGCGGGACGGGGUGACGUGGAAUGCCAUGCUUGCCACGUAUGCUCACCACGGUGACGUGUUUCAGGCGUGGCACCUUUUUAGCCAGAUGCCCGCGAGAGACACACUGUCCUGGACAGCCAUGGUGGCAGCAUAUGCCCAUUCGCGGCAUCCACAGAGCCCCAAGACUCUCCUCUACAUUCUCAAUUUAGAGGGUGUUAGUCGGGACGAAGUAACGUUUAUGAGCAUUCUUACGGCAUUGAGCCACUCAGGUCAUUUGAAAGAGGCUUGUCAAUGCUUUGGCUCGAUGGAGUUUGAUUACUUUGUGGUUUCCAAGGAAGAGCACAUCUGUUGUAUGAUUGAUGUUCUUGGUAGAGCUGGACUUGUGAACGAGGCCAAGGACCUGUUUGAUAGCAUGCCUUACGAUCCGGGCAAGGUGGCGGUGGCGGCAUUCCUGGGUUCGUGUGGAAGACAACCAGAUGUGAAAGUUACUAGUGCCAGAUGUGCUGCAAAUGAGGCUAUCCUCGAUCGGAACUUGUCCAGAUUUUCAGCUACGUAUGUUCUUCUCUCUAACAUGUAUACUCUGUAAACCUGAGCUAAUUGAAUUUACAAACACAACUUGAACUUUA